AUGUACGUUAUCAACGUAAUUUACGUUCUAAUAGUAUGCCUUUUUGGCAUUGUUCUUUCGUCCCCUAAUUGGGUCGAUCCAUUAUUAAGCGAUUUUGGUAGCGAGGACCUAAACACUAAUAAAAAAAAAAGAUUACACUCCACCAAAGCGAAAAGAUACGCUUUAGAUGUUUCUUCAUUUGGGAGCACAUGUAUUGCAAAGUACUCAGAUAUAUGUGGACAUUCUAAUUAUGAAAUACGAGUAAACAAUGGAAUAAAUGGAUAUACAAUAAAAGCUAUGCUAAUUCAGAAAGAAACUAGUGAUAUUGUUUCUGUUCAUCAUGCAGUAAGUUCAUUUUCCACAGAUGGCAGUGCACUAUUAAAAUUUGAUAAUAUUCCAUCUUUACAUUAUAAUAUUAUAUUAGAAGUAACUGAUUUAAUUUAUAAUAAAGAUUAUACUAUUGGAAAUAAGUGCCUGUGUAAUGUUUGUAAUGAUACAAAAAUAGUAAUCAAUUUAAGCAAUAUAGAGAACAAUAUAAUGCAUGCAACAAGAGGACACAAACAAAUUAAGUUACCAUUUCCACAAACCUCCUUUGUAAAUGGUAAGUUAUUGUUUAGUGCUUUUAAUUCGUAUCAUUCUCAAAUAAAUUUAAAGUCUAUUGAAAGUUAUGAAGAAUUAUAUAAGAAACAAUAUGAAUUAGUACGUCCAUGUUCUGGUAUUAUUAUGGUGCAUUCAGAAAAAUAUAAAAUACAUUAUGACAUAAAAAGUGUGCAUUGUUACCAUGUAUAUAUUAUCGAUAAAAUUAUGAAAAAAAUAACGUCUAAUGAUCAAAGAAGCGUAAACUUUAAGAAUAAUAUGUUCCUGAUGUUCGAUGAAAACGAAACUAAUGAGGAUAAUAUGAUAUCUGUUGUAAAAAAUUAUUCAAUUCAGCUUCCUUUAAAAUAUGAUAACGGAUUUUUUUACCCACAAAGUACAGUAAACGGACUUUUAGUUACAAUUAAUGUGAAUGCAUUAUUGAACAAUAUUAAAAAUAUAUAUAUAAAUAAUAUAGAUAAAAAAAUGGAAUAUAUUCAAAUGUUUAGAAUAAUUAUUAGAUUAAUGCAUCAAUACAACGAAAUUACAUAUGACAAUUUGUUACAUUAUACCACAAAUUUGACAUUACAAAAAUCUAAAUCAUCAUAUUCAUUAAUAAAUAACAAUGUAUAUAAUGUAUAUGCCGAGGAGUUAACUGUUUUAUUAAACUCUUUAUCUUUAGAGUUUAAUCCAGAUAUAAUUGGACUUGAUAAAAAUGUUGUACUUAUGGAUGAAAAGGAAUUUAUUUCGCAACAUGGCGUCGAUACUAAUGCACGUAUAUAUAAAAAUCAAUUAAUACUUAAAGAAUCAUCAGAUAUAUGUUUAGUUCUUUUACAAGAUAUAGCUAGAGAAAUCAGUAUUUAUGUUAAUAACAAAUUGGAUUAUAAAUAUACUGAUGUAUGUAAGAAUUUUAGAAAAAAAAACAGUUAUGCCAAUAUGCCAGUAAUGUAUUAUACCUAUGAAAUAGAUUGUAACAUUUCAAUUUUUUAUAAAGAAUAUAAGGAAAAUGAAGGUUUAAUGAUAACAAAUAUUAUAUCAAAUAAAACUAUAUUUGAAGAUGCUUAUAUUCAAUUACAUUACUACGAUGUAUAUGAAUAUGCUAUGUUAAUUUACGUACAGGUUGAUCAAAAUUUAGUUAGAUAUAUGAAAUCAUUGGCCAAAAAUUAUAUAAAUAAGGAUUCAGUAAUAGUGAUGAACAUAAUUGGCCGCAAAUCUGAUAAAAUACCUGAAGAUAUUGAUCAAACACUUAAAAUAAUCACAUUCCCAAUUGAUUGUAUAACGAAUUGCUCAAAUACAGAACCAAUAAUUAUACGUGACAAUUAUGAUUAUAUAUCUAUAGAGAAUAUAUGUAUUAAAAAUAAAAAUUUACCUGAAAUUUGCUUCCCACAGUACAAUUAUUCUUACAUAUUUGAUACUAGAUUAUUACUUGUACAUAUGAUAAAUAUUAAUCCUUAUCCCGAAAUCACAUUACAUAGUAUUAUACAUCAAAGAAUAGUCGAGGGAAACUAUUGUAUUUUGUCAAGACAUCCUCUUUUAAUACCACAUGAAUACACUCCAAGAGUAUAUAAAGAUACUGUAUGUAAAGAAUAUAUUAAUAGGUGUGAGCUUCUGUCAACAAAUGUAAUCGUUAAAAGUAUAAACAUUCCUUCAUCUAUACUGCAACUAAAAAAUAAAUUUAAACUAUCAUUUACAACAGAUUUUGAUGAAAAACAUGAAGAAAUGUUCCAAAUUAGUUAUUUGGCAGAUAAUGAUAUUUCCAAAAAAAAACAUUUAUUAACGCAUUACAAUAAUAGUUUUUAUAUAAAUCAACACGAUAACUUAAUUAAUGAAUCUAAACGCCAAAAAGAUAAUUUUGAUCCCAUUGAUGAAUCAUCACAUAAUUAUUUAAUAGGAAACGAAGAGUUAUAUAAUGAGGAAAAUGCUUAUAAAAAUUUUAAUAAUUUCCAGGAAAUGAAAUAUGAUAUCAAUAUAUUUAAUAUGGAAAGGACGUACACUCAUGAACAAACAUCAAAGAAUAAUGAUUCUUCUUUAUAUCCUUUCGGAAGUUUAAGCAUUAAUUAUUCGCAUGUAAAGCAAAAUAUGUAUAUGAAAUUUUUAAACGAUUAUAUUUAUUUUUAUGAAAAUGGUUCACAAAAAUCGGAUUACAACACAGUUUCAGCUUUAUCAGAAGACAAAUUUUCUCAUUUCAUGAAUGUCUCUGCAUAUAACUAUGAAUGUUUAGGUGCUUAUGCUUAUUUGAUGAACAAGUUUAACAUUUUAGUAAAUGAUUCACUAAAUUGCGAGGCUAUAAAUAUGAUUAUAGAAGUAUUAUUAAAAGGAAAAUUGGGAAAAUAUUUCAUAUAUAAUAAGAAUAAAAUAUUUUUAAACUUUAUAAAAAAGGAACCAUCUAGUGACGAUUCAUAUGACGUUUUUGAUUUAAUCGAUGUUGAAAUAUAUGAACAAGACAACUUACAUACACCUAAAUCGAAGCAUCGACUUAAUGUAAGUAUUGACGAAAAUAAUUUAAAUUUAUUAUAUUCUCAUAAAAAUGUUUUAUAUAGAAAUAAAUAUUUUUCGAACAUAUACAUACUAAUGUUCAAAAUAGCAUAUUUAUCAAAUGAAUAUGACUUUUAUACAUUUUUUUAUGAUUUAACUGGAGUUAGACUAAUUGAUGAAAUUGUAUUAAUAAAUAUGGAUAAAUUAUCAAUGAAAGAUCAAACACAUAUACAAUAUAUAUUAUUACACCUUGAAAAUAAUUAUAAUAUAAAAAUUGAAGAGCAUACUAACAAAUCUGAAGAAUUAAUAAAUGAAAUAUCAUUAUUAGCAGCCUAUAUUGUAGAGUUAACAUCAUCAUAUAAAUUAGAUUUACAUACAACUAAUGAAGAAUCGGAAAAUGAGUUAAAAUCAUUUGCAAAUAUCAAAUACUUUGUUUAUAUUAAUGAAUUCAAAUAUCGUGAAAAAAACAUUUCAAUAAAUCAAUUGGUUCACACAAUGUCGCAAUUCAACACAUUGAUAAUUAAAAAAAAAGUAUUAUGCUGUUCAAAUUUUGUCGAUGAAGUAGAAGCAUCAUUAAAAUAUUAUAUAAUGUAUAAAUAUGUGCAUACUGGUACUGAAUUGGUAAAUGAAAAUGAUGACAUUAUGCCUCCAACAGCAUAUAAUAUAAUACAAACACUUUUGGAGCGACCUAUUCCAAAAAGCGAUAUAUAUGAUGAAAUGACUAAAUCAAACAUAAAUAAUAUAGCAACACACAUAAUGAAAGAAUCAGGUUACAUACCUAAAAAUAAUAUAACUACAGAAUACAAAGAUUUGGAAUGUAUUCAUUUAGACUCAAUAAAUCAUUAUGAUAACAUUAUAACAAAUUUUGAAACAAAAUAUGAUAACCAUGGAGCAUCGGUUUCUAUGACAAUUUUAAAAGGUUUAUUAAAAGACAAAAGUGUUGAUAUUCAAGAAGAUAUGGAUUAUUCAGUAUACUUUUCAUUUAGAAACUUAUCUGUUCCAUUUAUUGGGAAAACACAUAGAGAAGAAACAUUAGACUUUAAAAGAAUAUUAUUAUUAAAAGCUUUCCCUAAAGCUAUUAACGAAUCAGUGGUAUUUUAUACAUAUAUAGAUCAAUUAGAUGGAAAUUCAUUAUUUAUGUUAGAAAAAAUAAUCUUUGUAUCAAAGGGAAAUAAAUUAGUAAAAGAAAUAAAUGUAGAAUAUCAGACAUUUUUUGUUCACCCAUAUAACAUGAUAUUAACUAAUAAUAUGUCUUCAAAUACACAUAUUAAUACCUAUUCAACAUAUUUUAAUGAACUGACUAGAUGCUAUCAUUAUAAUAAUGGUGUGCAAGCAUGUGAUUACCCUGAAUAUGGAUAUAAUGGAUUUACUCCAUAUUAUGUUUUUUACACUGAAAAUAACCAAAGAAAGGAAAUAUUAUUCAAGAAUAAUGAAGAAAUAGCAAAUUUAAUUAAUAACAAACCUUUAACAUUAACUAAGAGAUACAAUAUUGAGUUGGAAGGAGAAAAAAUGGACGUCGAAAUUUACAACUCGGUUGAAGUGAUAAUAAACGAAAUAGCCUUUUCUAUUGGUCUUAAAAAUUUUAAUAAAAAAAAUUGUUCGAAAUUAACUUUAAAUAACGGAUUAAUGCAUAUACCUAAUGAUCUAAAUUCACUUAUAUCUAGUAUUUAUUAUGAAACAUUAUAUUGUUUAGACAAAAGUGCUAUUUAUCAAAAAAUAUUAACUAUAUGUAAUUUUGAUAAAGAAGAACUUAUAAAAUUAUUUAGUGCUUCAUAUAGUAAUAUAUUACCAUAUAACUUGGAAGACCAUUUUGCAAACUCGUUAACACAUAAUGAAAUAAUAAAUUUAAUAACAUACUUUAUUUCAGUGCCUUAUCAAGUAAACAUGAUGAUAAGAAGAGAAGAUAACACCGAUAAUAAAAGUGUAAAUAAUGAUAUAAAACCUUUACACUUAAAUAUUAUGGAAUUAAAUAGUACAGAAAGUAGCGAAUCUAAAAUAGUUUUUAUAGAAAACGAAGACAUAAUUAAGAUUAGUAAACAAUUUUUACAAAAAGAAGUGAAUAAUUCGUCUUUAUUAGAAUUUAACGAAUCAUUAUAUUUUGAACUUUUAAAAUAUAUGCCUGAUAGUUUUAUUAAUGAACAUAAAAUAGUAAUAGAUAUGAAAGAUAUAAAUAACUAUCUAAAAAGUUAUAUAAAUAAAGAGAAUAUAUGCAAUAAUGAUUCAUAUUUUAAAAAUAAUGGAAUAAUGUUAACACCGGGUGAAACCUCAACAUAUAACCAACCCAGUUUUACAUAUAUAAAUAAUGAUAAUAUUUAUAUUAAGAAAAAGCCAGAAGACAGUUAUAUAUUUAACAAUAUAUUUUUAUUUGAAGGAAAAAAUAAUUUAGAUAAAAAAUUUUUAAACGCUAUUGUAGUUUUAUCACCAAUACAUAUAACUGAGGUACAUGAUAUAUCAUAUGUUGAAUUAAUAGCAAAUACAUUUGAUAACAAGGAUCAAUUUUCUAUGAAAUGCUACCCCCAUAAAAAAUAUGACAAUUCAUAUUUUGAAAAAGAAUUUAAUUUAGCCCCUAAUUCAAUUUAUUUUGUUUGUAUGAAUGUAUAUACAAUGUAUUUAAAGAGCGGAUUAUAUGAAUUUAAUAAAUACUUAAUUAGAUUUAACACUACUAAUAGUAAUACCUACCAUGUAUAUCAAAAUAUGCCAGUAAGACCGGUUUAUAGUGUCAAGAAUAAUAAUAUAAUAGUUCCAGAUAUGAAUAAAAUCGAUUUAAAAUUGCACCGUGUAAAAGAUGAUGAUAUGAACUCAGCAUUAAUUAAAUAUCUUAUAUUUGUAAAUGGCUCAAUUACCUUACAUACUAAUCCAUAUGUGGUAGUUAAUCCAAUAUUUACAGAAGAUUCGUACUAUUAUAAUACUAAUAUAAGUCAAACAGAUGAUUAUGUAUCUUUUAUGUAUUCACGUAAACUUAAACUCUUUGAAUUUUUAGAGUUGCCAACUACUCAAAUGUUAUUUAAAGAUAAUACGAUGACUAUAACAACCGAGCAAUUUGUACAUUAUCAAGAAGAAACACAUAAUAUAUAUUUAUUAACUCUUGUAAAAACACUUAAUUUGACAAAAGUUAUAAUAAGAGACAUAUAUAAUAAUGAAUUUGAAAUAACUAUCGAUCUAAUUACGGAUGAAAAACCCACUGCACCUAUCGAUGUCCAUGCAGAAACACCAUUACCCACUCCAUCAAUUUCUACAACUACUGACUUGAUAGAAGAAAAAGAAGAGGAAAAAGUAGAGGAAAAAGAAGAAGAAAAAGAAGAAGAAAAGAUAGAAGAAAAAGUAGAGGAAAAAGAAGAAGAAAAGAUAGAAGAAAAAGUAGAGGAAAAAGAAGAAGAAAAGAUAGAAGAAAAGGUAGAGGAAAAAGUAGAAGAAAAAGAAGUAGAAAAAGAAGAAGAAAAAAGUAAUAUAGCAUGCAAGUGUUGCCUAAUUAAAAUAACAAAUAAUACCGGUUCAAAUAAUAAUUGCAUAUCUGUAACUCAAUACCUUUUCCUUGUACAAAGUUUAACCUCGAUUUCUGAAGGAAAAAUGUCAUUACACGUUUCUGAACAUGGUUACGAAUUAAUUGGAAAUAAUGACAAUUUGACAAUAAAUAGAACACUUAAUUUAUUGUGUAACAAAAUAAAUGGUGAAGUAAAAUUAACAAAUGGAGAUUAUAAUAUCCAAAUAUCCGACUAUCAACAUAACAUGCCGAAACCAUCAUUUAAAAUUUCCAAUGGAUAUUUUACCAUACUGAGAAUAAAUGAAGAUGGAACAAGAUAUAUUACUUCCCCUAAUGUGUUUAUAAAUGGGGAAAAGCCUUUUGGUGUGGAUUUAAAUAUACCAAAGAUUAGUAGCAUUGAAAAUAAAGAGAAAGUUUCAGAAUCGUUGGUAUCUGAAGAACAAAAUAAAUCUCAAGUAAUUGAUGUUAUACCUAUACCAUCUGCUGAAGAAAAUAAACAAUCAAAAUUGUCCUUUUCGAAUUACAGUUGGUUAACAAAUCAAAGGCCAAUAAGCUUAAACAGUGCGCAACAUUAUAGAAAAAAUGUUAUGUGUAGCAUUUAUAUAAAAAGUAUAGAAUUAUAUGACAACAAAACUAAAACGGGUGUUUAUGAAAACAAAUAUGAUAUAAACACAAAUUCAUUAUAUUAUGGUGUAUAUGAAAUACAUGUUAAUAAUGGUAAAUCCUAUGGAUCAUGUAAAAAUGGCCAUUGUCUUUUAGAUGACUGGUUUCUUAAUUAUAUAAUACAUAGUGAUCAAUUAAAAAAUGGAGUUUAUAUGCUACAUAUUAAAAAUUAUAUCAAUAUACAUAGAAUUGAUCAACAUGAAAGCAAUCCUCAUCAUGUGACUGAACCUUCUAAAACCACUGUAACAGAAUCAUUACCAGUCGCAUCUAAAAUAUUGUUUUGUGCGUCAGAAGAUUUAAACAAAUUGGAAAGUUUUGAUGCAAAUAAAAAAAUUAAAAUUAUUCGAGAGGUUGAAACAAACUCGAAUGUGAAUGCAGGGAUAUAUAUAGUACAUAUUAAUUACAACAAUUAUGAAGUAUAUGCAGAAAACGGCAGUCACAAAAUAUUAGAUACAAGUAUAUUUGAAUCUUGUAUUAAGCACGAUUUUGAUAUAAAAGAUGACACGAAAUAUAUAUAUAAAGUGCAAAUAUUAAAUGACGAAACUAAAGAUAUAAGACAUAAAGAAAGUGAAAAGAUAUUUAUAGAUAAAAAUAAUAAUAAAUUUAAAGAAUAUUAUGCAUUUAUAAGUAGCAUAGAAAAUAAUGAUAAUAGAUCAGCAUAUGGAUAUAAUAAUAUUACACGAUUUUAUGGACCCCAAUAUAUAGUAAAAUCAAAAUAUAUUAUAAAUGGACAUAAUUUACAUAAUAUAAAAAGGAUAAAUCAAAAUGGUUAUUAUGAAAACAUUGAUAAAAAAGAUGAAGAGUUUGUAUUAGAAUUGUUUAAUUCAAUGUUUGAAUCAAUUCCACGUGAUAAAUUAUAUUUUAUAGAAGUAUUCGAUGAUGAUUUUGACUAUUCUCUUACCACUGAUUUUGAAUCAAAAAUACAUCUCGAAAUUGAUAGCAAUAAUAGAAGUAGCAAUAGCGGGAGUGAAAACACAUCUAUAACUAAUGAAAAUUUAACUGGUGACCAAAAUGACAUUUUUAUGGUGCAAAUAUCUGAAUAUAAACACAGGAAUAAUCAAAGCAGGAAAUGGGGUUAUGACGAUUAUGAUGAAUUUAUGUUGCAAGGUGAUUUUAUAAAACCAGGACAUUAUGAUAUAAAAUUUGACAACGGUGAAUACGUAAUGAAUUAUUAUAGUGGUGAUGAAAAAACGAUAAAGUCAAGUGAUAUUGAAAAUAUAAUUAUGUCAUCUGGAAAAAUAUUAAAAAAUUCACAUUAUAAGAUACAUAUUGUAAAAUGGGAAAAUUCAGAAGAAAGCAUGCUGAUAAAUGAUAUAUUCCAUACAAAAAUAGAUGCUGCAAAAUCCAAAGAUAAUAAAUAUGCGGCAACUGAAGUAAAAGAUUAUGAUAAUACUGGGUCGCCUUCGAUGGUACCAAGCAAAAAAGAUGAGGGAGGAUUUUAUAGAUCUUAUAUAUCUUUAAAAUUGGAAAAAAAUGAAAACGAUAAAUAUGGAAUAAAAAAAGUUGUCGACGGUACUUUUGAUAGUAAAAUUGUAGACAGUAAAUAUUCAGUAAGAAUGUUAAAUAAUAAUUCAUACAGAAUAAAUAUUCUAAAUAAUGCAAGUAUCCAGCCAAAAAGUAUAAUAGAUUUAAUAAAAAGUGUAUGGAAUUGUAAUAUGAAUGGCAAUAAUUGUAUAUAUGAUAUUGAAAUAUAUGCAUACAAUACCGUAGAAAGAGGAAAUACUGGAAUGGACUCAAAUAAUGAUGACUACUAUUAUGUUAUUAUAGAACCUAUUAAAAAUGAAGAGGAAAAAGUUGGGAAUAGUGAUAAUGCUGCAAGUAAAAAAGGUGCUGAAUAUAUAAAAAUUAUAGGAAAGAAUUUACCAACUGGCCACUUUAAUGUAGUUGUCGAAAACGACACUUUUAAUGGAACUGAUGCGAAUAAAAUGAAAGUGGAUACAAAAUUAAUAAAAACAAUUAUGUUCUUAUCAUUUGAAAAACCGUUGGAUGGAAAAUACAAUGUAACAAUUGUUAAAAAUAACGAUAGUAUUUUAACAAACUGUUCAGAAUAUAAUACAGAAAUGAAAGAAAAAAUAUCUCAUACCCAUAAAGGAAUACAUAAACAUAUUAUAGUACAAGGUUUUAAUGAAGAAAAUCAUUUAGUACCAAUUUUUCAGAAAGAUAUACAUUUUCAAAAAGGAAAUAGUAUAAAAGAUGGCAAAUACUCGAUGCAGCGCCGUCUAAAUGGAACAUAUAGUAUUAGAAAUCGAGAUUAUAAACUAAGUACAAACGAAGAUACAUUAUUACAGGAUAUAUUACUAGGAACAUCAUUUGAUGGCUAUCUUUUCUUAAAUAUAACAACAAUAGAAGAUGGUCCAAGUGAAAUAUUACAAUAUGAUCUAUUUUCAUCAAAAAAUUGUAUUUCAUUACAAAAUGACAAUAUCAAUAGUAUAGGAAUUCGUAGUAAUAUACAACCUUUAAUUGAAAAUUCCGAAAGCUCGAUGAUAAAAUACAAAUAUGUGGAAUCUAAAAUAACUAAUGCAAUUACGCAUUGUUCAUCUUCUAAUGCAAUGAACUGCUUGAAUGUGUUGCGAAGAGCAUAA